AUGCUGGCACUCAGCGCGUUGCCCUUCCUGAAGCCGGUCCACCUGAGGUCCCCCCGAAGCUCGCCCGGGGGCCAGCGCCGCCACACACUGCCCGCCAGCGAGUUCCGCUGCCUCAGCCCCGAGGACGCCAUCAGCGUGUUCGAGAUCGAGCGGGAAGCCUUUAUAUCUGUCUCUGGGGACUGUCCCCUCCACCUCGAUGAGAUCCGACAUUUUCUGAACCUGUGCCCGGAGCUCUCCCUUGGCUGGUUUGAAGAAGGGCGGCUUGUAGCAUUCAUCAUCGGCUCUCUCUGGGACCAGGAUGGGCUCAGCCAGGUAAGAGCCGUCCCUGUUCUUCCCCGCUCGUGCAUUGGGAAAGUCACUGCCAGAGCNNNNCCCCGCCUGUCCGGCCAGCAGGGCAAGCGCUCCAUCCUCAUGUGGAGGUCCCUGCAGCACCUGCGGGGCCUGCCCUUCGCCCGCAGAGCCCUGCUCAUGUGCGAAGAUUUCCUCGUGCCCUUCUACCAGAAGUGCGGUUUCGAGGCGCUGGGUCCCUGUGAGGUGACGGUGGGGGAGCUGGCCUUCGUGGAGAUGCAGCACCCGGUGCGGGGG